AGUUUGCAAUUGGCUGAGUGCAUUUCAAAAAACCAGAGCACACACAGGAACCCCCUUCACUUGAAACAUGGAGCCAACUAAGAAGCCUCUCCUGUAUGGAUAUUUUCGCAGUUCUUGCACAUGGAGAGUGCGGAUAGCUCUGGCAUUCAAGGGCAUUGAGUAUGAUCAACAAGCCAUUAAUCUAGUCAAGGAUGGUGGACUGCAGCUAUCUGAUGAAUACAAGCAGGUGAAUCCCAUGCAGCAGGUGCCAGCUUUGCACAUUGAUGGAGUGACUUUGAGCCAAUCACUUGCAAUCAUUGAGUAUCUUGAGGAAACUCGCCCUAACCCACCUCUUUUUCCACGUGAGCCGAAGAAACGGGCACAGGUUCGCAUGAUCAGUGACCAAAUUGCAUCAGGGAUUCAGCCUUUGCAGAAUCUCUGUGUACUGCAGAAAAUUGGAGAGACAAAGCAAGAAUGGGCCAAGCAUUUCAUCACACGUGGCUUUCAAGCUUUGGAAAAGAUGCUGCAGAUCACAUCUGGAAGUUAUUGUGUGGGAGAUGAGGUGACCGUAGCUGAUCUGUGUCUUGUUCCACAGGUGGCAAACGCUGUGAGGUUCAAGGUCGACCUUUCCCCAUAUCCCACCAUUGUAAGGAUUAAUGAGUCUCUACUGCAGAUGGAAGCAUUUCAGGUUAGCCACCCAUCUCGCCAGCCUGAUACGCCUGAGGAACUUAGAGCAUAACUUCAUCCAUCUCUGUCUUGCUGGAUAAGGCUCCAGUUUUGCUGGUUUAAAUGACGCUUGCUCAGCUUUGACAGAUUCAUUCCACUUUUAUAAGUCACUAUUACAAUAAAAUUUCAUGAAUAAUGAA